GCUCAUGUGUUGUAUCGUACUGCAUUUUUCACGUGACAACUCCACGUUUUUUCAAAAUUAUUUUGCCAUUUUAGUCUUACUGUGUCGGCAGAUUGAUGUUGUAUUAACUGUCAGAUCAGCCUCCUACGUUUAACUACUAUCAUUUCUCACAUAGAAUUUGGGAGAAAUUUGCAAUAACAAUUGAAAGAAAAAAUGUCGGAAGUCAGAAAGCAAAGAUGGUCACUUGAGGGUAUGACCGCCCUUGUCACCGGUGGAACCAGAGGCAUCGGAUAUGCUAUAGUAGAGGAAUUAGCUGGAUUUGGCGCAACAGUGCACACAUGUUCACGUAACCAAAUGGAGCUCGAUGACAGAAUUCAAGAAUGGAAGAAUAAGGGUCUAAAAGUAAGCGGCUCAGUUUGUGACGUCAAAGUUCGAACUGAGAGGGAGAAGCUGAUGGAAACUGUCUCUUCAAUAUUUGAUGGCAAGCUCAAUAUCCUUGUGAACAAUGCCGGAACUAGUAUAGUUAAGGAAGUCACAGAAUUCACAGCAGAGGAUUUCUCGACUUUAAUGGGUACCAAUUUCGAGUCUGCUUACCAUCUGUCUCAACUUUCGCACCCCCUCCUAAAAGAAUCGAAAAAUGGAAGCAUUGUGUUCAACUCCUCAGUCGCAGGCGUAACUGGUUUACCGUCAUGCUCCAUCUAUGCAUCAACUAAAGGAGCGAUGAAUCAAGUGACAAAGAACUUGGCGUGCGAGUGGGCAAAGGACAAUAUUCGUGUAAAUGCAGUUGCACCAGCGGUGAUCAAAACCUCACUGGUCGAUGCUACAGGAGAAAAUCCCGUAGCCAAGGAACUUGUAAGUCGAAUAAUAUCUCGUACUCCCAUCUCGCGUGCGGGAGAGCCUGAGGAGGUUUCAGCGGUGGUUGCAUUCCUGUGCUUACCAGCGGCUUCAUAUAUCACUGGCCAAGUUUAUUGCGUUGAUGGAGGAUACACUGUCAAUGGGUUCUAGUCUCUGCUUAGCCCCAGUAAUUGGCUGGACCCGAUCUAUCCACCAAGCUCUGUUAGUUCAAUUUGAACUGUAAGGCCUGCGACGGGUUUGAAACCUUGUCAUUAUUGUUCUGUCCUUUCCUCUGAUUAAAUACUGUCAUGUUAUUGUCCACGGGUGAUGUGUUGAUGUGUGCAAUGGUAUUUCUGAAAGUAACACUAUAGUUGAUGGUUCAAAUCUAAUGUUGUUGAAAGUUUCUGCA